AUGCUGCUCCGAUUUUUGCUGGUCGGGCUUUUAGCCCACCAGACUAUAGCUGGGAAAGGAAAAGGCAAAGAGAAAGAUGAAAAGCCUAAGAAAGCGAAGAAAUGGGCCAAAGGAAAAGGCCUGAAAGGUGGCAAAGGCGAUUUCGAGACCACUACCUUUGAAACGACAUCGGAAGAGCUCACCUCCGAAAGUCUUGAUACCGCGACUUUGAACGCGCUCAUUGUUGAUGAAACCGUCCAACCAAUCGCUAGAUCCCUCUCACCCAUGACAGAUCGAUUCAUCCGUACUACUGACGCUUGCACUGGAGUUUCCUGCGGGGCCAACCAAGAGUGUCUACUUGACGAGUUUGUCGAAGACGGGUACCGAUGCGCCUGUGUUACCGAUUUUUUCGAGAAAGAUGGGACGUGCUUCUUUGAAACAUGGUUAGUUGAAGAAAACGUUCAGAAUCUCAACAUCAACGUCGACGUAAGCAGGCUGGCCGCGAUCAGAAGUGGUCUCAAAGAGACUUACUACCCGACUGCUCUUUUUGACCCGGCAACUUACGAUAUCACUCUCGUAAAUGACGUAUCGGAGGUUUUUUCGAACGAGUUUGGCGAUCUCUAUUUGAGAAUGAAACUCCUCGUUCAAGUCUUAACCGCCGAUAGCACUGGCCGAGAUGGUUUCAGUAACAUUCUUGUUUCUGAGAAUCGUCUCUCAGUUUCAUAUGAGCAUGUCAAUCAAACCAUUUUCGACAACAUCAUUGAAACGGAAGAUUGGCAGAUGAAUACAAUGGAAUGCCCCUACCGAGAGGAGGCCACUGAGUGUGGUGCCUACGACUGCCGAAAAACCUGCGAGUCAGAGGCCGAAGGUCUUGAUCCAUAUUGCACUGAGCUCUCGGUCGCCUGCGUUGUCGGUUGCUUCUGUGAAGACCCGUUCGUUAGAUCCAAUCGGGAUCUGAACUCCACUUGCCGACCGAUUGAGUACUGCCCCCACAACACUUGUGGAAUUGCUGUUCUUCUCUACAAUCAUGAUUGCGAUGUCAACGCUGCUUGUACAAACAACAUCGGUAGCUAUGAGUGCGAGUGCAAUAUUGGUUGGGAAGGUGAUGGCAUGAACGGCAACUGUCUCAACAUUGAUGAGUGUGUUGUUGACUUUCCUUGCAGCCCACAGGCCAACUGCACUGAUAAUCCCGGAUCUUUUGACUGCGAAUGUUGGGAUGGAUUCCAUGACGUGAACAACGAUGGACUCAUUUGUAAUGAUAUCGACGAAUGCGCAAUCAACGACUAUGAUUGUCCGAUUCACGCUACUUGCAACAACACCUUUGGUGCAUAUGAAUGCAUCUGUAAUGAGGGUUACGAAUUCAACAUGGCAGGAGAUGACUGUAUCAACAUCGACGAAUGCGACCGAGGAACUGAUGACUGUCACGACGAUGCUAUCUGUACGGACAACGAAGGCAGCUUCACUUGCCAGUGCGACGUUGGAUAUGUUGAUAAUCCAGUUGCUUUGAAUGCGACCCAGGGAACCGACUGCGUUGAUUUCGAUGAAUGUAGCAUCGCGAGAAUGUACACAUACAAUUGUAGCGACAAUGCUGCUUGCGUCAACGCUAUCGGAAGCUAUAUUUGCGAGUGUAAUGUCGGCUGGGAAAUGGGUCCUGAUAACUACACCUGCCUUGAUGUCGAUGAGUGUGAUCUAAGGAUCGAUCAUUUGGAAGGCAAGAAUCAUUCUUGCUCAUACGAUCCAGAAGGAAUCUGUACUAACACAGAUGGUUCAUACGAAUGCUCAUGCCCUCAGGGAAUGGGUGGAAACGGAACUAUCGAGGAUCCUUGCUAUGAAACAAUCGUUUGUACAGAUCCCUACCAUAUCAUCGUUCCAUGUGCAAACUUGGAUGCGUACACAACUUGCGAGAGCUACCUCAAUUACCUGCCAGAUGUUGUUCCCGUAUCGCGAGCUGUCUUUAGUCGAGCUGUUGGUGUGCUCACAGAAGACUAUCAGAAGGAAACUCGAUUGAUUGCAGAAAACUGGAAGCUGAAGAAAAGCCGUCUUUGGCCGAUGAUUUUCUUACCAGAGAUGGAAAUGAGCACAGAAGCACCAACUGAGCCUCCAACUGAACCGCCAACCGAGCCGCCUACUGAGCCACCAACAGAGGCACAAACCACGAAAAAGUCUUGCAUUUACGGAUACAACAAAAAAGGCGGUUGCCUAACUUGGUUCCAAUGGAAGAAAAAAUUCGGUGGCCGUCGUCGACGAGACAUUGAAUACGAAAUUCAAGACGGCGUUUAUUACAGAUCAGUGAAUGAGGAAGCAACUUGUCUUCGAGGUUGCGUUUGUGAUGAUGGAUAUGCAACUCAGGAUGAUGGAAGCUGUAUCGCUCUUGAAGACUGCGAGUGUGAUCUCGGUUACUAUCACGUUAAUAACACCGGUUGCACUAAUGUUAACGAAUGUAGUCCACUUCCAGAAAAUGCUCACUUGCUCUAUGAUUGUACUGAUACUCAAUAUUGCGAAGAUACCGAUGGUUCUUACACUUGUGAAUGCUUGGACGGAUACAUGUUCAACGACAAUGCUACCGACUGUAUAAACAUCAACGAGUGUGAACUUGACAUUUCUUACCAUCAGUGCGAUGUCAAUGCUUUCUGUACGGAUCUUGUUCCCCUCUGGGAAUGUACCUGUAAUGAUGGCUACAGAGGCAAUGGCUUCGGCGUCGCAGGAAUGAACUGUGACAAUGUCAACGAGUGCAUUGAUGAAGAUCUUCCGCAUGAUUGCCAUGUGCAAGCGACUUGUGCGGAUAAUGACGGCAGCUACGAAUGCACUUGUAUCGAAGGCUGGGAAGGCCCAGCUUUCAUUGCUGACGGAGGUUGCACUGACAUUGACGAAUGUACGACGGGUGACCAUGAUUGCGCGGUCGAUGCAGACUGUACAAACUUAAAUGGAACAUUUGCGUGCACUUGUCACAUAGGUUUCGAUGAUGUCAACGGGGACGGUACAAACUGUACUGACAUUGAUGAAUGUGACGAAAAUACAUAUGUUUGUCCUGAUUACUCAAAUUGUCGAAAUACUUACGGAAGUUAUGAGUGUGACUGCUGGGAUUACUUCAACAAGACUGGUGGUAUCUGCGACAACAUCGCCUGCGAUACUUAUGCUCAUCUCUGCAAUGCAAACGCAACUUGUUACGAAUACGUCAACUCAACAUCAGAGACAGCCUAUUAUGACUGCGACUGCGACGAUGGAUAUCAUACAACGGUCGCUGAUUUCUGCUAUCUGUCACGAGAUCAGGCAACUGCCUUUUCUGAAGAUUUCUUCUCACAAUUCUUUGACUUGACUAUAAUGGAUAUUGAAGACCGUGACGACAUGAUUAUCAGCGCCGCCUGGCCAGAUCAGUUCGUUCCAGAAGGAUUCGUCAUCUCAAUCGUCGAUGUUUGGGCAUCAGCUGCGGCUAAUACCUACCGUUACUUGGCUAAUGUCGCUGUUCCUCAAGGAGAAAGUAUCGAUACUUUCAAGAAUGGAAUAAACAUUGCCCGAACCGUCGUAUUCGUUGGCGACGCUGACUGGGAAACAUUCGCUGGCUUCAGAAACUCCACUCCAACGGAGGCUGCUAUUGACUGUCCGGCAAACGAGGUAUUUAGCGAGUGCGCCGAUGCCACGUGCUGGACUGAUUGUCUCGGAGUUCAAUUCGAGCAGAAUGACACCUGUGGCAAUCCAUACGGCUAUGUUGCUCCAUGUGAAGGUCCUGGAGGCUGUGUUUGUUUCGACGGAUAUGUUCGAGAUACUGCCACUGGAGCCUGCAUCGCUUUCGAGAACUGUCCUCAUAACAGUUGUGACGAGGGACAUCUUUACAACUACACUUCUUUGGCAUGCUACGAUGAGAACGAGUGCGAAACUGGAAAUGAUAACUGUCAUGUAGAAGCAACUUGCACGAAUAUUGUUGGAUCUUUCAACUGCACUUGUAAUGUUGGAUUCGAAGGAGAUGGUGUCAACAAUUGCCCCGAUGUCAAUGAGUGUAAUUACGCUGAAUCUCCUUGCCCAUCCUACUCUGACUGUAGCAAUACUUAUGGUUCCUUCGUUUGCACAUGCUGGGAUGGAUUCGAAUCUGUCUAUAACGCAGGGUAUUCUGACGAAGAUAUGAUCGUCAGAAACGCACGAUUGUCCGAAAAAGCUGGUGUGCCAAUGAAAGCGACAAGAAUGUCUCAGCUGAACAGUUGCCGUAACAUGGCUUGUGAUGGAUUCGCAUGCCCAGCCAAUGCGCAUUGCGUUACUUCCGUCGAUUUGGAUACUCGGGUCACUUCAGCAACUUGUGAAUGCGAUGAGUGGCAUAAGAUGACUCCGGCUGGCGAAUGCUGGCCAAGUGCUAUUCCGGAAGGCAUUUUCAUGAUCGUCAACGAUCCUGGUGCUCCAGUCUCACUUGCGUCUCAAGAAGCAUUCUGGCUUGAUGGAGUCUUUGAUGGCCAAGCUGUCGAUCUUCUUUACAUGGCCCAGGGCGAGACUGUCCUUCAAAAUUUUACGAGAUCUGCACGCAAUGCUGAUACAACUGUUACCGUCGUUUUCGAAGCUGAUGACAUUGAUCUCGCGCUUGAUGCCGCUGAAAACUACACUGUUCUUAGAAGCGACUCCAGUGAGCUCUGGUCUCUUUCACUUACUGUUACGGAUAUUGGAGAUCUUGCUGAAUUCAAUGUUGAAUGUGGCACUAAUGAGAUUUUUGAUGAAUGUGCUAACAGCUGUUGGCAUACUUGUCAAUCUAAGUUCGAAGGAUCAUCGAUGUUCUGCGAGCCUGUUUCCCGAAACUACAAGCAUCGUGUUAUGCGCAGCUGCGGAACUGGUGCUUGCAUUUGUAACACUACUGCUGUUUCCGAAUAUGAGGGUUCUUUGAGUUGCAUUGAGUACGAUACUUGUCCACAUAAUUUCUGCGCGGUGGGACUUGAGUACAAUUACACAGAAGCUGCAUGUCUCGAUCUUGAUGAAUGCGUUCUGGAUGAACCUUGCGAUGUCAAUGCUGAUUGUGCAAAUACAUUCGGCUCUUUUGAUUGUACUUGCCACACUGGUUACAAUGGAACAGGUUUGGAUGGUUUCUGCCGCGAAAUCGAUGAGUGUACUGAAACUCCUGAAGUUUGUGAUGCAGUUUCCGAAGUUUGUACAAACAACCCAGGCUCCUAUGUCUGCUCCUGUGCUGAAGGAUUCUUUGACUUUAACGGUGUUUGUACUGAUAUUGAUGAAUGUACGAUUCAGGAACCUUGUGACAAUUCUAAUGGAUUCUGUACUAACACUCCUGGUUCAUUCGAAUGCUCCUGCAACGUCGGAUACGAGUUUGAAAAUGCUACAGAUCAUUUGAGCACCUGUAUCGACAUCAACGAGUGUCUCGUCGGCUUGUACAACUGCACAGAAAACAGUUCCUGUAACAACACAGUUGGAUCUUAUGAAUGUCCAUGUGAUACUGGCUUUGAAGCUGACGGAGAUCUGUGUGUCAAUAUUGACGAAUGUGUAACUGGAGACCAUCUUUGCGUCGCAAAUGCAGACUGCGAAGACACUAUUGGGUGGUACAAUUGCACAUGCUCAAUCGGAUACUCUGGCUACUAUCUCGAUGACGACGACGUUUGUGCCGACAUCGAUGAGUGUGGCAUGAUCGAUAAUGUUUGUAAUUCGAUCACCUUCGCUGAGUGCUCAAAUAAUAUUGGAUCUUACACUUGCUUCUGUCCAGACGGAUUCGGAACAAACUCAACUCUUCCAGAAAACGACCCAAAUAUGUGCUACGAUAUUGAUGAGUGCGCUGACGGAUUAGAUGACUGUAUUGAUACAGCUGAUUGCAUUAACCAAAAUGGUAAUUUCACCUGCGUUUGCAGCGAAGGAUAUCAAGGUGAUCCAUACGCUUGCGAGAAUAUCAACGAAUGUGCGGAAGGAAUUGCCGUUUGCACAGAAAACUCAUCUUGCCAGGACACUAUUGGAUCAUACGUCUGUAAUUGUAAUGAGGGAUAUGAAGCCGAUGGAGACCUUUGCGUCGAUAUUGAUGAGUGCGCUGUCCCCCAAAAUACAACCUGUGAGUAUGACAACUGGGCUUACUGUACAAACACUGACGGAUCCUAUGAUUGCCACUGCCCUGGAGGCAUGAGUGGUGGUGGUGUUGCUGAAGACCCAUGUUACUUCCCAAUCUCUUGUGGGGAAAAUGAAGAGCUGAGUAAGUGCAUCAACGAGGAAUGCUUCGCAACCUGUGAAACCAGCCUUAACUAUUUGGAUGACAUCUGUAACUCAAACUUCAACUUUACUCUUCGUGCUCAAGGCGUGUGUAAGACUGGUUGUCUCUGCGCCGAGGGCUACACUCGAGAGUCGCUUGCAAACGAUGCUCCUUGUGUGCCAAAUAUUCCAGGAACAUACACGGAAUGCUCAUGUCCUGAGGGAUAUGAGCAUGUCACUGACGUCGGCUGCGUUAACAUCGACGAAUGCGCCGAGGGAACUGACAAUUGUGAUGAUGUAACUGAAGUCUGUGCUGAUACCGAAGGAUCUUACGAUUCGAAUGAUCUUCUUGGCUGCCAGGAUAUGGAUGAAUGCGCUCUGGGAACAUCUGACUGCGACACUACAGGUGCUAAUGGUGAUCAUAUUGCUGAAUGUCAGAACACUGAGGGAUCAUUUGAUUGCCUCUGUCCAGAAGGAUAUGGUGGAAACGGUACUGUCUCAGAUCCAUGCAUUUCACUCGCCAAGGACGAGUGCGCUCUUGAAGAAGACAACUGUUCAGAGUUUGCUGAAUGUACCGACACUUUCCUUGCAUUCGAGUGUGACUGUAUCAAGGGUUUCAAUGGUGACGGUGUUACUUGUGAAGACACUGAUGAGUGUGAGUUUGAUCUUUGUCAUGAACAAGCCGCUUGUAACAACACCUUCGAGUGCAGAUGUUUCCGAGAAAACUUUAUCCACAACGAGAAUGGAACAUGUGUCGACAUCAACGAGUGUGAAGAUGGAACAUUCGAGGAGGAAUGUAAUCCUGAUUGGGAGAAUUGUGUCAACACUAUUGGCUCUUUCAUUUGCGAAUGCAAGACAGGUUUUGCCAAGACCCGAUAUUUCUCUGCCGGUCGAGUUAUGUUCGGAAGCUGUGCUGACAUCAACGAAUGUGCGAAAGAUCCAAUGAUUUGCGGAACCAGCGGUGCUUGCAACAACACUAUCGGUAGCUAUGAAUGUGACUGUUUUGAUGGAUACGACCUUCUUGACGAUGACAAUAUGUGUGACGACAUUGACGAGUGCGUCGAUGAUGUUUGUGACGGACUCGGACACUGCGUCAACACAGAGGGAAGUUACCAGUGUGGCUGUGACGCUGGAUAUAUCUUCAACAAUAUCACUUGCGUCGAUAUUAAUGAGUGCGUCGACAGUUACGGUUGUCACGAAAGUGCAAUCUGUACGAAUACUGUAGGCUCAUUCGACUGCUCCUGUCCUGAUGGAUAUGAGACCAGAAUCAUCGAACUCAAUCGACUUGUCAACACUACUAUUUGUGUUGAAAUCAACGAGUGCGAGGACCCUGAUCUCAAUGAUUGCUCCGAUAUCUGCACAAAUACUGACGGUAGUUACGAAUGCUCUUGUCCAGAUGGAAACUUUAUUGGAAACGGUACUGUUGGAAAUCAUUGUAUCGAAGUCCAAGAGUGUGCAUCCUAUGAGGAAUUCGAUGUUUGCGGUAAUGUCAUGUGCUACGAUUCAUGCGAUGGUGAGUUCUGCCCGACUCUUGAUGGAAAUUACGAGUACGCUGAGUGCGACGGUGGCUGUGUUUGCCCAGAAGGAACUUAUCGACUUUAUGCUUCACAAGAUGCACCUUGUGUCCGACUCAAUGAAUGUUCUCUUGAAUGUUCCAUCUUUGAAAUCGAUGUUGGUUGCGGUAAUCAUUAUGAUUAUCACACUUGUGACACGCUUAACAGCGGAUCUGCUCCAAUCGCUGGCAACUCUUCAGCUGAAUGCAAUGUCAUGUGCAUGUGCGACUCUGCCGCUGGCCUCGUUCGAUCCGAUACUGGAGUCGGUGCAACUUGCGUCCCAGAGGAUCACUGCACUGUUGAUACUUCUGAGCCUUAUCGAUUCUCAUUCAUCUGGCAAAUGGCUUCACUUCCCGACGGUGUUCUCCUUGGCGACAAAACUACCUGGCCAUCACUUCUCAAUGGAUUCACGCCGUUAGUGCGAACAACAUAUGGUGUUCCUGGCUCGCUUUUGGACCCUUACGUAGUCUACAAUGACGAGCUCGCUCUCGAUGGCGGUCACUACUACAUCAUGAUGAAACUUGCCUUGACCGACUCUCUUGAUAUCCUUCGAUACAGUGAUUCAAUGCUUGCCGAGAUUCUUGCUCAAUUUAUCGACACUGAGAAUACUGUUUUGAGAACUCCAGAUAACGAGGACGUAAUGGCGAUUGCCGACGACUUGGGUACAGACUUCCCGUGUCACGGCGAGGAAUGCUUCCCAGAAUGCCCAGCUGGUCAAGUUUGGGUCAUCUGUGCUAAUCAGGCUUGCUACAACACAUGCGAAAGAACUAUCGCUGGUGACGCUGAUUUCUGUCCGGCCAUCCGAUGGCAUAACAGACAAUGCAAGGGCGCCUGCAUGUGUGAUGACGAUCAUACCUUUAUUUCUGAAGAUGACCGAACAUGCGUGCCAAAGGUCGACUGUAAGGAGACUCUUGCUUCUUGCGAUGAUACACAGGUCUUCACAGAUAACUGUACUGGUGUUGUUCACACUUGUGACACACUUACCUGGCAGCUUCCUCCACUUGACUUUGAUUGCGACUACGGAUGUAAAUGCGAAGAGGGACUUGUUUUCAGCAAUGGAACUGGCUCCACUUGUGUUGAUCCAAAAGAUUGCGACAUCCCAGAAUGUGGUGUCAACGAGGAAUUUUCGAUGUGCGCUGAUAGCUGCUACCCUCUCUGUCAGGACGAUGAGCCAAUUUGCGAUGAAACAUGUGUUUCCGGAUGCAAAUGUCUUGACGGCUAUGUUCGAAGUUCAGAAGCACCUGAUGCUGAGUGUGUGAGAGUUCAUGAUUGUCAUGAUUACAAUACUGUUGAAUGCGCGGCUAAUGAAAUCGCUACCGAAUGCUUCAACGAUGGUUUCGAGACUUGCGAGUCCGUUCGACUUGGUCAAACCAGACUUCAAACCGGUGAAUGGUGCACUGGCGGGUGCACAUGCGAAGAGGGCUCUGUCCGAUUGAACGCUGAUAUCCAGAGCCCUUGCGUCCCCCGACAAGAUUGCUUCAACGUGUACACUACCUGGGAGAAAUCAGAUCUUUUCUAUAUCUUCGACAAGGCCCCACCAAGCUUUGACAUUGAGAAUCCCUACACUUGGAGAGAUCUCAUGUUUAAACUUCGAAACAGCGAGAACUUUGCCAACAUCAGCGUCAUCGACAUCCGUGCCAAGGACUACUCCUACUUUGACGAUAAUAACAACUUCAUCACUACAGAAAUCUAUAUCACUCAACUCCAUUUGGUCGCUGAAGAAAUAGGAUCUUCUAUUUACAGUUUUAUCUCUGAUGCAGAAGAUGUCGGAUUUAGCGGCUACGAUUUCAUUAUGGAAUGGGAUCGGGACUUUGAGGAUAUCGUCGAGGAGAAUGACUUUGAGUUGCCAUGCUACAACCGCGGCUGCGACAUUGAAAAUCUCGGAUGCAAUGAAAAGUAUGAAGAAGUUGGUUGCCCAGAUGACGUUGGACCUAGCUGUAAUGACUCUUACAGUGAAAUCUACGCUGAGCGAGACGAAACCUGGAACGAACUCGUUGGUGCCCGAACUCUUAAUAUGGAUUGCGCUGAUAAGGAUCUCCAGUGUGUUUGCAAACCUGGCUACUACCGAGAGAAUGACGAUCCAUUUGCACGAUGCGUCAAGCUUUCCAAGUGUAUGGGUGGAUGUCCUCGACACGCCAAAUUUGUCGACGAUAUGGAUUAUUGCGUUCCAACUUGCGAUGAUCCAGACGGAUCGAAGUGCAUUGCGGAAGCAACUCAGGCUAUUCCAAAUUUCGAAGACGUUUCUGACCAGCUUCAGAUCCCAGGUUGUGAAUGCAGAAAGGGAUUCCUCAAGAAGGACCGGAGCCCAUUUGCUGAAUGCGUCGAAGAGGGAGAGUGCGUUCGAGUUGAGCCAGAAUGUGGCCCCAACUCUUCAUGGAGUUGGGAAGCACCUGGCUGUUUCGAGAGCUGCAAGCAUCCUUAUGCAUUCGAUGCUGAUGAAAAAUGCCACGAGAGAACUUUGGAAAUGUGCGUUUGCGAUCCUGGUUAUGUCAAAGAAAAGAGAAACAAGAAAUCUGAGUGCAUUCCUAUCGCUGAUUGUUUCAAUUGCAAAGAGACAGAAGUUUUCAAGGAUUGCAAGGAUACCUGCUUCUAUGACUGCAACACAUUGACCUACGGCAAAGAGAAGCUCUGUAUGGAAGAGGACACCUGUCGACCAGGUUGCCAGUGCGCACUGGGUUAUGUGUACAGAUGGGGUAAGAGAGUCCUUGAAGGCAAGAAAGGAAGAUGCGUUGCGAUCUCUGAAUGUCCAGUUCCAAAGACUGAAGCUGUCAAUUUCGUCAAUCAGCAGAACACUCUUCCUGACACCGUCGACAUUAGCGAUCCAUCUACUUGGGACGAGCUUUUGGAUGGAUAUGACAUCGAAGGACUCGAUAUUCUUGAAAUCAAGGAAGUUUCUGCUGCUUCUGGUUUGAGCCUCGAGAAUUACGGUCGAUACAUCAUGGCUUCAAGAAAAGAAGUUGCUCGAUCGGUAACUUACAUGAUCGUCCUCCAGGCUGUCGUUGAGACAGAAGAUAACGCUGAAGAUCCAGUUGAAGACAAAGCUGCUGAAAUUCAAGCACAAAUGGAGGCCUACGCUGCUGCUUCUGGUUCUGAAGUUAUCGACUCCGCUGACGCUGGAUACGACGAACUCAUUGAAGCUCUCGACGUUACUGUUCCUGACGCACCGCAGCCAACAGCGCCACCAACGCCAACCCGAUGCGUUGGAAACCAGACUUAUGACGAAAACUUCGAAGGAGAAUUCAUUUGGCCAGGCAUGUACAUCAACCGAGUCAACAAAGGUCGAGGUAAUGCCACUCAUGAGUACUGGCACGAAGCUUUCAACGGAGAAGUCUACCACGACGAGGGUGAUCAGAUUCGAAUGGCAUGCAAAAAGGGCUACAGAAACUCGAUUGGAAAGCCAUUCGUUGGAGCCAAAUGUGUCUGUGCUGUCAAUUCUUGCGAUUGGGUUCUUGCAAAACCAAUGAGAUGCGUCUCAUCUGAAGAUGCUGGUAUGCCAGUCUGGUCCGGAAACAAAUUCAAUCAAGUCCGAGAAGUUGAAAAUGGCUAUAUCAAGAUGAAGGCAAGAGGUCUUUCCUUGCUUGCUUCAAAGAACUGGACUGAUAACGGAAACAUUGAUUACGAUGCUCAUCCAGAGUAUGAAGAUCGAGCGUACUGGGAGAAUGCUAACUUCACAUUGUUUGUCUAUUGCCCGUUCAAUGUCAAACUCGGCGGCUCAUCUAAAGGCCUCGGAACAAUGACCUUCCCUGAUUUCUACCCAGCCGAGAGCUCCGAAGACGGCCGUCUCUGGUCCUUCCUCUCUCGUCCUGGAGUUCAUCUGAUCAAGACGACAAAGCCAGAUCCUAAGAAGUCCGUGUACUUCAAGGGCUUCAUCGACCGAUCUGACGACGUCAACGAGCAGGGCGAGUCAGCCACCUUUACAACCGGCAAAGACAAACCAACAUGCGAGACUGGUAUUUUGCCCGGCCAUCACCCAUUCGCCAUCACCAAGCUCGUCGAAGAAUAUGAUAUCUUCGAAGGUGGCGAUUUCACCCAACUCGACAAGUACACGAGAAAGUAA